AUGGCUACAAAGAUUAGCAGCCAAUUCAUUGUAGAUACCCUUCAGGGGUCAGGUAAUGUGACGUUUGAACAGGUAGAGUUACCCCGAACCAAUCAGAAAAAGUUGGAAACUCCACAUCCUUCUGGAUCACUUUUACCGCUAGCUGUGCAAGCAGUCAGCAACCCAUCAACUCCCGUAACUCUUGAAGAAGCAAUUGCCAGUGUGAAGGCUUUGGCAGAGAAGAAUAUCAUUAAUGACCAAUUGGCUACCAAUGGAGCCAUCUUAUUCAGAGGACUUCCAUUGAAAAAUGCACAAGAUUUCAGCAAGAUAUCACAUGCCUUUGGCUAUAAGCCCCAUGAAAUUAUAGGUAUCGUGGUCGAUAGACCGGAAUUAGCUCCCAAUGUUGCGCCGGCCAAUGAGUCUUCCCACGAGAUAAAUAUUGGUGCGCACAAUGAAAGCCCUCAAGUACCCCACGCUCCAGCCUAUGUCUUUUUUUUCUGUCAACGAUCUCCACCAAUUGGGGGAGAAACGCCUCUGGGGUCUUCUCUAGAACUAUAUCACAAUAUUAAUAGAGACCAUCCUGAAAUUAUCAAGGCUCUUUCUGAAAAAGGUGUAAGGAAUGUCAUUACUUACCGAAAAGAGCCUGCAUACCCAGGAAACUCCACAAUUUAUCAAGCUUUUGGAAAAGAGAUCAAGCAAGGAGAUAGUGAGGAAGUCCAGAAGGCCAAGAUUGAAGCGCAAAUUAAGCGAUAUAAUCGAGAUCCUAAGUUUACUUUUCAUGAAUGGCUUGAAGACGGGUCUUUAAAGGUUACCAAUAUUGUACCUCCUGUAAGAUUGCAGCCCGGAACGGGAUACCCUGUUCUGUUCACAUCACUUGCAGCACACUACGAAGCUUUGUCAAGGAAAACAGAUAGCCAAAGAGCCAAGGUCCAAGCUCUUCCAACCUACGGGGAUGGGACUCCUAUUCCCGAGGAACACUUGGCAGUUAUCCUUGAGGAGACUCUAAAGGGUCGUGUUUUGCACAAGUGGCAGGAGGGUGACCUUUUGGUCAUUGACAAUCGAAGUACGUAUAGAGGAAAGGGGUAUUAA